CAAGGGGUGCCACCUACUGCCCUAACAAUCCCACCAAACUCUCCAAUCUCUCAACCCUUGAAAACCAGCCUUCAAAUUCAAACCUUUUGUUGUGAAUUCUUCAAUUUUAGGUCAGCUUGUAGGGAUUGGUUUUAGGUUGUAAUGGCUCCAGAAAACUCAAACACUGAAGAGGUUGUUGUUGGAGAGGAGGUUGGGCGUGUGAGGUUGAUUACACUAAAUAGGCCUCGCCAGUUGAAUGUUAUCUCUUCUCAAGUGGUUUCUCUGGUUGCCGGAUUUCUUGAGAAAUGGGAGAAGGAUGAUGAUGCUCACUUGAUAAUCAUCAAGGCUGUCGGACGUGCUUUCUCUGCUGGUGGUGAUCUGAAAAUGUUUUAUGCCGGAAAAACAGAUGAUUCUUGUCUCGAGGUAGUGUACAGAAUGUAUUGGCUAUGUUAUCACAUCCACACAUACAAGAAAACCGCGGUCGCUCUUGUUAAUGGAAUUGCCAUGGGUGGAGGUGCAGCUAUGGCUGUUCCUUUGAAGUUUACUGUUGUCACAGAGAAAACUAUAUUUGCCGUGCCGGAAGCAACUAUUGGGCUUCAUACGGAUUGCAGCUUUUCCUACAUUCUUCCACGGCUUCCCGGACAUUUGGGGGAAUACUUAGCCUUAACUGGUGCAAGAUUGAACGGAAAGGAAAUGAUUGCUAUUGGAUUGGCGACUCAUUUUGUGCCUUCUGAGAAAUUGGAUGAACUGGAGAAACGAUUGGUGAGCUUAAACUCUGGUGAUGAGGUCGCAAUCAAAGCAGUAAUUGAGGAAUUCUCUUUAGAAGUACAACCUGAUGAAGAAAGCAUUGUGCAUAAGCUUUCAAUUAUCAACAAGUGCUUUGGCGAAGAAUCUGUGGAAGAAAUCAUUAAAUCUUUUGAAGCUGAGGCAAGCCGUGAAGGGAAUGCAUGGAUUGCUUCAGUUCUCAAAGGAUUAAAGAGAUCAUCACCAACUGGAUUGAAGAUAACAUUGAGAUCGAUCCGUGAAGGGAGGAAACAGACUCUAUCCGAGUGUCUUAAGAAAGAAUUCAGACUUACUAUGAACCAGCUAAGAUCAGUGAUCUCCGGCGACGUAUAUGAGGGCAUCCGAGCACUCAACAUCGACAAAGAUAACUCCCCCAAGUGGAACCCGGCUUCCCUAAACGAAGUGAGCAGUGAGAAAGUGGACCGUGUUUUUCAGCCAUUCGAAGCAGAACUAGAGCUCAACAUACCACCUGAGGGAGACGCAUACAGGUGGAGUGGCAAGUAUGAGAACUCAGUCUAUCCAACUUUGAAAGGGAAACAAUAAGAAUACCAGAUAGGAAUUUGAGCUUCAUACUUUUCGGUGGAUCGAGCUUCAUGGUUGAUUAUUCACACCUGCAGAUUAAAGCUUAUUUCUUUGCUCAGUAAAUAAUUGUAGUAAAAUAUCUGAAUUAAGUGAAUUGGUUUGAGUUGAUAUGUUGUAAGUUCAUGCUUGCAUUGAUCAUGGUUUGUGAAAUAAAGCUGUCUUUUAAUUAAUUAA